AUGCCUCCUGUACGCCCUCAAGCACGACAUUUAGAGCAACUCAAGACGCUUCUUCAAAGACUUAGUGCACCAAUAUCCAUCCAAAUGCAACCUGCCCGCGGUGCUAGGGGAAGGGGCACGACUACUCGUGGUACAAGGGGAUGUGGGGUGGCUGCUACCUCAGCCAGUGCUGCCGGUGAUACUCCUACCGGUGGUAUCAGCAAGAUCCGGUGGGAGACACCAAACUGCAAUCAAAUGUUUGCACUCAUGACGUACCUCAGCACCCAUCCUGCCGACCGUCACAUAUUAUUUUACAAAGGCAAGAAAUCCCACCCUUCUGAUGACGGCCCUCCUUCUGGGAGUGACAAGGGCAAAAUACAUGCCGUCAUCGCCAAACAUAUAUUCAAGAACGACAAGAUGUACCAGUCGAUGUAUGCUGAGGAUCAGACAAAGUUCACACAGGCUGUGGGCAACCGCCUCACUUAUCUCAAGGGCAAAUAUAAGACCCAUCAUGCGCGCUUCAAGCAGACGGGCGCUGGAGUCAAUCUGGAGGAACCUGGCACCGCAGUGAAUUUACUAGCGCAAGUUUUAAGCGACUUCCCAUGGUACGCGAUGAUCAUUGGUGACGAUGCUCCUGUUGAAGACGAGCACGUUCACAGUGCCGAAGGCCAUCCUCCCGCCAACCCUCCUCCCACUAACCCUCCUCCCGCUAACCCUCCUCCCACCAACAAUUCUCCCAUCAACCCUCCUCCUGCCCACGAUCCUCCCACCAACCCUCCUCCCAACUUCGCCAUGGGUGAGGAGCUUGACUAUGAUGAGCAAGACGUCACCAUGCAGGAGGAUCAGGGGGAAGUAGAGCGUGAAGAAGCACUCACAAUCCAGCGGUCCCUCUUGAACAAACACCCGCUCUCCUCCCCCUCCCCACCCCGCACGCACACCCACAACUGCCCAUCCCUCGGAACAUUCAAAACCCACACCGAUCGUGCAAUGGGCCGUGGACCCAUGCGCUCACCAAACCCGCCAUCAUGCAUUGCAUUGUCGUCCAUGAAGACAACGACAUGCUCUACAUCCUCGGGACUUUCGUCGCCGUCUUCCUCCUCACACCUACAGACCACGCUCAACGAUAGCGGUGCGAAAAAAUCGCACCUUGGGAAGAAUAUUGGGUUGGAGGUUGGGAGCAUUUGCGGGAAAGUCGAGAUGCUAACCAACAACAUGUCCUAUAUCUACACUGCAAAGGCAGCCGCCUCUGAGUACAAGAUCGCCAAGGUCAAUGCUCUCCAUCAGGAAGGUGACCUCGACUUCCAAUGUGAGAAAGCGCAGCUCGAACGCAGCGAGGCCAUCGUCGUACAUCAGCGCUGUCAAGAGUCCAAGACUCUUGACCUUCAAGUUCUCGAAGCUCAAGCCAAGGUUCACGCUGAGCACAAAGCAGCCACCCUUCAGCUCAAAAUAGAGCUUCUCAAAUUGAAGGGAGGUGUGGCUGAUUAG